CAAAAAUGUGUAUUUGCAACUAUAUAUACAUACGUAUUACAAAGUAUACACAGCACUAGCUUUCGAAAAACUUGUUUGGAUUUAAAAAAUACAUAAAUAUGGCGAUAAACGGUAGAGUUAUGACAUUUAAAAUGUUUUUAAUUCUGCUGACGAUUUUAAUAAAUUCUUUAUGGACCUAUAAUUUGGUGAGGCGAACCGAAUGCCCAAUACAAAAUAUAAUUAGUGCUCCACCACUAUUCACAUCAAAUGAAUUUGUAAAUAAUGAAAAGAUCAGACCUUAGCGCUAUUUAAACACCACAAAAAUGAGCACAAUAACAGUAAAAGAGGAGCCUGUUCAAAUAACUGAGCUUGCUUUCAACAAUAUAAAUUUUAAAAUUGGUCGCUUGGAUAAUAAACUUUUAUACAAAAUGUAUGACUUCGCGCUAGUGGGAGAUGAUUAUACAAAAACAUCUGCUGAUAGUUUAGUUUGUCUUGCAACACAGAGCUCAGUUGAACGUUUAGAUUCCAUGGCACAAGUAGCAGUUAAAUGGGAUGGACCAAUAUCACUUGCAGUAUUUGUAGUCGGAAAUGAAGAAUUUACUAUAUUACAGUAUUAUGUAACAUAUUUACGUUUAUGCUUCAUAAAUAUACGAAAUAAUGUUACAUUCCAUAUUGCCGUACCACGCGGUCAUGAACCUGAUCCGGAAUCAACUAAAUUGAUUGACAUGCAUAAGGGCUUUAAUUGUCAGCAACCGGAACAAACUCUACGUCGCUUGCUCAAAACACGGUCUAUAGAAACAAUGCGUUGGCGGAUACGUAAUAAUUAUCCACAGAAUCAUAUGCGCAAUUUUGCAAGAAAAGGCUGUCAAACAAAAUUUGUUUUUCUAACCGAUGUCGAUAUUGUUCCUAGCGACAAUAUUGUUCCACUUUUAAAUUUAUUUCUUCGUAAUGAAUAUUGUACUAAUCGCUGUGCUUAUGUUAUUCCCACAUUUGAAAUUGAUUUUCGUGUUAAAUUUCCUUCAUCCAAGAAAGAGUUGCUACGUUUAUAUAGAAAAGGUCUUGCUAGACCGUUUCAUGAAAAGGUUUUCAUAUACAAUCAAUAUGCUACCAACUUUUCAAGAUGGUUUUCCAAUACUGAAACUGAGGAAACGGUUCAUAUAAGUCACAACGUAACAAAUUUUGAAUUUCUCUAUGAACCAUUUUUUGUUGCUGUAGAUGAUGCGCCUGCACAUGAUGAAAGAUUUAUGGGUUAUGGUUUUACUAGAAAUUCACAGGUGUACGAAAUGUACGUUGCUGGGUUUUCCUUUUUUGUUUUAUCGCCCAUAUUUACAUGCCAUUGGGGCUUGCAACAAAAGAAAUCCCGUCCUGUUUGGCGUGAACAACAAAAUAAUUUAAAUCGAAAGCGUUUUGAAACGUUUAAGAAUGAAAUAUUUGCUCGUUAUAAGAUAUCACCGUCAAGAAAAAUUAAAUAGAUUACUAUAUAUCAGAUAAAUUUAAAUUUAAUUGUAUUUUUGG